UCCAAUUGCGCUUAUCGGCCGCUUGUAGUUGGCAACGCUCCUGCCUUCUCAGGUUAGUCCGUCGCGGGAGUGUGAGAACAGUAACAUCUCUGUCCGUUUCAGUCGUUGUUCAGAAGUUUUUAAUUUCGAACAAAAUGAGAGAAAUCGUACACCUGCAGGCAGGCCAGUGUGGAAACCAAAUUGGAGCUAAGUUCUGGGAGGUGAUAAGUGACGAACAUGGCAUCGACCCGUCCGGGACGUACCACGGGGACAGCGACCUGCAGCUGGAGAGAAUCAACGUGUAUUACAACGAGGCAACAGGUGGCAAGUAUGUCCCUCGUGCAGUGCUGGUUGACUUGGAGCCAGGAACAAUGGACUCUGUGAGGUCUGGUCCGUUUGGCCAGGUCUUUAGACCAGACAACUUUGUCUUUGGCCAGAGUGGAGCAGGUAAUAACUGGGCUAAAGGCCACUACACUGAGGGAGCCGAGCUGGUGGACUCGGUCCUGGAUGUGGUUAGGAAGGAGGCAGAGAGCUGCGACUGCCUCCAGGGCUUCCAGCUCACACACUCCCUGGGGGGAGGUACCGGCUCUGGCAUGGGCACGCUGCUUAUUAGCAAAAUCAGAGAGGAGUACCCAGACCGCAUCAUGAACACUUUCAGCGUGGUGCCCUCGCCCAAGGUGUCAGACACAGUGGUGGAGCCAUACAAUGCCACCCUGUCUGUCCACCAGCUGGUCGAGAACACCGAUGAGACCUACUGCAUUGAUAAUGAAGCCCUGUAUGACAUCUGCUUCCGCACGCUGAAACUCACCACACCCACCUAUGGCGACCUCAACCACCUUGUCUCUGCCACCAUGAGCGGGGUGACCACCUGCCUACGCUUCCCCGGCCAGCUCAAUGCUGAUCUGAGGAAACUGGCCGUUAACAUGGUGCCCUUCCCCAGGCUGCACUUCUUCAUGCCAGGCUUUGCCCCCCUGACCAGCCGGGGCAGCCAGCAGUACAGGGCAUUGACGGUUCCUGAACUCACCCAGCAGAUGUUCGAUGCCAAGAACAUGAUGGCUGCUUGUGACCCACGUCACGGGCGCUACCUUACAGUCGCCGCCAUCUUCCGAGGCCGCAUGUCCAUGAAGGAGGUGGACGAGCAGAUGCUCAAUGUUCAGAACAAGAACAGUAGUUACUUUGUGGAGUGGAUCCCCAACAAUGUUAAGACAGCCGUCUGCGACAUCCCUCCCCGCGGCCUCAAGAUGGCAGCCACUUUCAUUGGCAACAGCACAGCCAUUCAGGAGCUGUUCAAACGCAUCUCGGAGCAGUUCACCGCCAUGUUCCGCCGCAAGGCUUUCCUCCACUGGUACACGGGCGAGGGCAUGGAUGAGAUGGAGUUCACAGAGGCUGAGAGCAACAUGAAUGACCUGGUGUCUGAAUACCAGCAGUACCAGGAUGCCACUGCUGAGGAAGAGGGCGAGUUUGAGGAGGAAGGCGAAGAGGACAUGGCCUAGACACCUACCAUGCCCUUUUUCUCACUAUGCAAGAGUUUAGAGCUGAGCAAUAUGGUUCUAAUAAUUGUUGAAUUAUUGAUAAUUGGUUUAAAUCAGCAAUUUGGACAGCAAUUUUUUUUUUAAAUUACACAAUAAUUCCACUGAAAGUUGUAAAAUGAUUACAUUGAAAUAUUGUCCAGCCUUAAUAAGAGUGUAAAGGAUUUCUCCAGCCUUGGUUUUUAAAGGCUGUCUGUUCUGUUUUCACUUUUUUGCUGUUUCAGUUUUUCCUUUUCAGUGUUUCGUCCUUCCUGUUUUGGAUAUGAAUGUUUUCGACCUUUCCUAUUUGCUCUCUGUUUCGAGGGUAUAAUUUAAACGUCACUCCACCCUGAGUGACAAACAUGCAACAUUCAGCAUCAUAUAUUCAAAUUUAAAAAAGAAAACUGGGCACAUAAUAUUAAAAUUGUAAGUAGCUGGUGGGAAAUCAACUGCACUACUAACGGUUAAUGUAACCUCCCUGGUAUACAUAUGUUUCAGGAAAUUCCAUUUCUUGUCAUAUUUCAGAGUCCACAGACUCUUUCCUGUCCUGGAUCAGUUUGACUCGUAGCACUACAGCUCUGCCCAUUCAUAGCAGGCAUCUGCUGACUUUGUUGUCUCGGUGGUGAAGUGUGGAGUAGCAUAAAUGAACACUGUUAGUUCUUUUUCUUUUUCAAGCUGCAGGUUUGAAAUAUAGUUGUGAUGAAAGGGAAUGUAACAUUGACCAGUUGAAGGCACUUUUUGGCUAAAUUUGACACUUGUUCUGUUAGAUAUGGAAAGUCACUUUUUAGCAGAAUUCAUUCAUUUCAUUUAUUGAAAAAAAACUUGAAAAUGCACUAAAAGACUGAAAGCUAUAAAUAGUGUCAGGAACUGGUCACUGUUAUGUUACUCUCCGUUUGUACUGUGAUGUUACUGAUACUAAAGGUUUAGAUGGAUUUUAAUAAAGAUUUUUUGGA